AUGUCAUGCAUAUUGAGAAGAACUUCUUCGAUAAUCUGAUGAACACAGUCCUUAACAUCCAAGGUAAAACGAAGGAUAAUUUGAAGUCAAGGUUGGAUUUAGUCGAUAUUUGUGAUCGUUCUGAACUUCACGUUGAUGAGAACGGUACGGCCCCUUUUCCCAUUUAUCGGCUAGAUGGUGCUAGAAAAGAAGAGUUCUUUGAUUGGAUUACAGAGAAAGUGAAAUUUCCUGACGGAUAUGCAUCAAAUUUGGGGAACUGCGUUGAUAGAAGCGAAAGAAAGUUUACUGGCUUGAAGAGUCAUGAUUGUCAUGUAAUUAUGCAGCGCCUCCUUCCGUUUGCCUUUUCAGCAUUAUUGCCACGUAAUGUUCAUGAAGCAAUUGCAGGGAUUAGUGUUUUUUUCCGUGACUUAUGCAGCAGAGUAUUGACUGAAGAGGGUAUUAAUAAUUUGAAGACAAACGCACCAGUCAGCAUGUGCAACCUUGAGAAGAUAUUUCCUCCAUCAUUCUUUGAUGUAAUGGAACAUCUUGCUAUUCAUCUCGCAAGAGAAUUGGAACUUGGUGGUCCUGUGCAGUACAGAUGGAUGUAUAUUUUUGAGCGUUAUAUGCAUCAUCUGAAGAAGAUGGUCAAAAAUCAAAGCAGGGUGGAAGGAUCUAUAGUGGCACAGGUGAUCAAUGAAGAAACUGCAAUCUUUGCUGAAAAUUAUUUUCCACCAGAAGUGCAAACAAAACACCGAAGACCUGCUCGGCAUGAUGAUAGAGGGGAGAGAGCAACAUAUCAUGUUACUGUCCCAAGCAUGUUCAAGGAAAUAGGACGACUUAGUGGAAAAUUCACGAAGCGGAGACUUACGGACACUGAGAACGCUCAUUUGCAAACAUAUUUGCUCACCAACUGUGAAGAUGUUCUACAAUAUGAGAGUGUAUAUAUGGCGGAGUUGCGUAUGACUCACAAGUAUGCAACAGAAGAUGAGCUUCAACAACUUAGAGAUAACAGAUUUGCUGCGUGGCUUCGUAGUUAUGUGUGCUACAUCAGUUACCCUCGGGUGACGUAUAGAGACGAUCCAUGGGUUACUGUAACGUAA